UACUGCGCCAAUUGUUUCUCCUGCUGUAACACUAUUUGGCAGCGGAAGAAGAGGGGAAGGUUUUUGGCCAUAGAAUCGGUGUUGCCAUCAAACGGAGACUGGCUUGGCACAGGGGACAAACGGGAGACGAAAAUAUCCUUCAUAUCUUGCUAUAAUUUCACAAUAAAGCGGGUCUUCGCAGAGACCUGACGUGACCGUCAUCCCUGAACAGAGCCAUCCGCCUGCUCCGAAGUCAGUCCUUAACCAUCAUUGGGCAAUCUGAACCCCAGACUUGGUACCAUAGAUAUUUUCACCCUAGUCUGGCAGCUAGGCUGCUCCCCUAUAUGCUGAUGAAUGAAGACCCCAUUCAGGAAGAGCGCGCCGGGCCAGAGAUCCAGAGCUGAUGCAGGGCACUCAGGUGUUUCUGCAAGUAUGAAGAAAAAGAACUCCCACAAGAAACAAAAGAACAGCCCCAACAAGGCAGUGUCGUCGGCGCCGCGGCGGAACAUCGUGGGCUGUCGUAUCCAGCACAUCUGGAAGGAGGGGAGCGCUACCUCUCAGUCGCAGUGGAAAGGCACGGUGCUGGACCAGGUGCCCGUCAACCCCUCGCUCUACCUCAUCAAGUACGACGGCUUCGACUGUGUCUAUGGCCUGGAGCUGCAUAAAGAUGAGAGGGUACAGGGCCUCGAGGUGCUCCCUGACCGUCAAUCCUCUACGCGCAUCAGCGACGUCAACCUGGCUGACACGAUGAUAGGGAAGGCUGUAGAGCACAUGUUUGAGACGGAGGACGGAACUAAAGACGAGUGGAGGGGCAUGGUUCUGGCCCGGGCACCCAUCAUGAAUACCUGGUUCUUUAUCACCUACGAGAAAGACCCCGUCCUGUACAUGUACCAGCUCCUAGACGACUACAAGGAGGGAGACCUGAGGAUCAUGCCUGACUCAAAUGACUCUACGCCGGCGGAGCGGGAGCCGGGGGAGGUGGUGGACAGUCUGGUGGGGAAACAGGUUGAGUACGCUAAAGAGGACGGCUCCAAACGAACUGGCAUGGUCAUCCACCAGGUGGAGGCCAAACCCUCCGUCUACUUCAUCAAGUUCGACGACGACUUCCACAUCUACGUCUACGACCUGGUCAAGACCUCCUAAGGGCCACCUUUGACCUCUGACCCCCUUUUCACACUACUGAGCCGAAUCGAGCAGUGAUGGUCUGUUUACGUGUCUAUCCGCCAUUGCUGAAAAGGACUAUGUGGGGGGAAAAUAUUUCAUAGCGAGCCAGUAUAGCCUGGUUCGGGUCAGCACGGUAGUGUGAAAAGGCUACUGGGUCGCUGGGCCCAGAGGACAGGAGGCUUGUCUGGGGAGUUAACGAUGGAUGCGGAGGUUGUGGGGAAACUCUACCAUGCAGGAAAGACGAUCAACCACCACCAUCACCACAUGGAACCUUAUCUUAUCCACCAAUUUUCCCAAAAUAUCUCUUCAACGUUUCGUGCAAAUGCUUCUUUGAGAUGUGACAGACAGACAGCUGGAUUGGAUAUUUCACUGAAGCCUUUGGAUUUCUACUCAUGAAACAUCUCUGAUAGCUCUAGUCAGAGAAGGAAAAAUGGGGCACUGUGCAUCUGAAUUAGCUGCCACAAUUUGUUUCGUCCACUGUCUAUCCCCUGUAGUUGAGUGAUCCUAUGGAUACAUCCCAUCAAUCUCUAAGGGAAGGGACAGGGACAAGAUAUCAAGCCUUAUAUUUGCACACUGCAUAUAAAGUUGGUUGGCAUCUCAUUCGAUGUUUUUCAGUGAUUUGAUGACCAAGCCAGUCAUAGCAAUGUAUCUCCUAUAUAUGUGUGAGUGUAUGAGCUCUUGUGUUCAUUUUUUUUUUGCACAUGCAGUUCUGGAGUCCCCAUAUCUUAGUGGUCAGUAACUACAGUACUUGGGUUUGUUUCAGUCUCGUAGAAUCAUUCAAACCCUGACUAUGAUUACAUUUGUUUCUUUGUGAUGUUGAAAGAUAUGCAACAACAUAUGCAGUGAGCAAAGAAAUGUGUGGAAGUUACGAGAGGGAGGUGACCAGUGUUUUAAAAGGAGGCUUUGGGAUUUUGGCAAUGAGGCCCCUCAUUUACUUCCCCAGAGUCAGAUGAAGUCGUGGAUACCAUGUGUAUGUCUCUGCGUGCAGUUUGAAGGAAGUUGCUAACUAGCGUUAGCAUAAUGACUGAACGCCAAAAUCCCUUUGAUUCAAACGUUUUAGUUUUUUCCCAAAAACUUGUUUACUUUAUACUGUAUUUAAUGUAUAUUCAUAGAAAAUAAUAGUUUGAUACAGAUUUAGUUCUAUCACAGCACUAAUUUCAAAAAAUCUUCUUAGAAAACAUAGAGGAUUUAAGAGCACUUGUUUUUUUUGUCUGAAAGGACAAUUAUAUUUUGAUCAUCUCAACAACACUAUUCAAUAAUGGUUAACCAGUGAGAGCGUUAAUCUGUUGUCCUGAGAAAGAUUUUGUUUAAUAUGCCUUGCCAAAUCCCUCGACCCUUAUAAUUGAUUAUUCAUUCAUAAUAACAGCAAUAAUUAUUCAGAUAAUAAUUGUUUAUUGUUGUUCCUGUAUUCAUAUGUUUACAACAGUUUGUUUUGCUGGGAAAAUCUAUUUUCAUUACUUUUUUACUUAAUCAUCACAUUCUUCUUGACCUCUGUGUUAAACACACUUUCUGUUGAACUGUUAUAGUAACAUUUUAGUAAACUGUAUGUCUCAUGCCUUUUAAAAACUGAAGACGGUAUGGUAAAAGCACUGCAAAGUAAGACGAUUAUUUAGAAGUGAAAAUUCCAUACCAGCUCCUGAAAAGUGUUCUAAAUUCAGCAGUAACAGUACUAGAGUGAUUUUCGAAACAUUUUCACACAACUGCUAAUACACAAGAAGUAUUCAAAACGUUAAAUGCAACACCCACUUUAUGGAGUGCAUGAAAUACUAUACAUGAAGAAAGGUUAGGUGUGUGUGUGUGUGUGUGUGUGUGUGUGUGUGUGUGUGUGUGUGUGUGUGUGUGUGUGAGUGUGAGUGUGUGUGUG